CACCGGUAUUUACAAUACAACCCUCGAGCAUCAUACUAUAAAUUAUAGUUAGCGUCUCCUAUAUUUUGCUUGUGAGAGGGCACUUAGUUCGCCUAUUUGUAGAUUUACACAGGCAAAACUCAAAAGCGUAGAGGCACACUGUAUUUUGAAUCGAAAUCAGCAGCAGCAUGAACGGCGGCGGCGAAGAUAAUGGACCCAUAAAGCAUCUAUCUGCAGAUUCACUGCCUCUAUUCCAAGAAGGCAUAUUUCUUGUUCUCUCCAGAUGGUCGGCUCUGCAAUUAGCCGUUGGGAACGAGUGGGGCGGCCGUGGUUCUGCACAAUUAGCUGAUCAGCUUCGCUCCAAUAUAUUCUCCUGGUUCACUCAGUCCAAAGAACCGCAUUACAUUGAUGAUUUAGAAAGUAUCUUGGAUGAGGGUAUGCUUUCUCUCAAUACCAUGAUCGAGGAUGGCAGCAUUGAAGAGGUAGCGGAAAAAUUAAUGAUCAUGCAUGAAGAGUGUUUAGAAGGCAAUUAUAACUCUAUUGAAAAGUUGAGGCGAGCAGGUCCUUCAACUGGAUCUCAUCAACAUGUUAGACAGGCGGCAGAUAACGAUGAUGAUGAUGAUGAUGAUGACGACGACGACGACGAUGAUGACAAUGAUGAUAGGAUGGAUGAUAGAUCAAGAAUGAUAGUUGAUGCACCAAAAUUUCAGUCGAAAUCAAAUCAGGUGAACAUGCAGGUUGAUGAUCCCAAUGGCCAGGAGGCUCAAGGAGAAGAUGGAUGGACGGUUGUUUCAUCAAGGAAAAACCGGGGUAGAAGGAAUUAGGUUCAACGUCCUUAAUGAUUUUGUAAUUUAUCAUCUUGUUUUGGCUAUUCUCUUCUUCCUGCUCCUUUAAUAUAAUUUGUUUCUAUGGCA